GAGAUCGUGGGGCGGGGCUGUGGGACCGGGGGCGGUGGCUUUCCCUCCCCACCCCAGCUUUCCGGCUGGCGCAAGGGUGACUGCGCCCUCUGCCUCGCCUUCCUACCGCGGCCUGAGGACUGGGCGGGAGCGUUGGGGGUGUUCUGGAGAAGAGGAGGAUCUUAAGUAUCCUGCGUGGUCACCAGUAAUUCGAAGUGUCUUCCUACCACUGUGGAAAACCAAAUCGGAGCAUGUGCCCCAGACCCCUCCAGUAAUGACAAAGUACAGCUCCUUCCAAGACAUAACUAACAGGCAGAUGUCUAAUGAUGAACAGCAUUGCCAAAAGCCUCCUGAGAUCGGUCAAACAUGGCAGAGCUGUGUGGCUGAGAAGCAGCUCUGCUCACUCUGGCAAACAGCAUCUUCAGAAAUUAGUUCUGGGAAUUGAAACAAGCUGUGAUGACACUGGUGCGGCUGUGGUGGAUGAUGCCGGCAAUGUUCUAGGAGAAGCUCUGCACUGUCAGAAGGAAGUCCACUUACAAUCAGGUGGAAUAAUUCCUGUAGUGGCGCAACAGCUUCACAGAGAAAACAUCGAGCAAGUAGUAAAAGAGGCUCUCCGUGUCAGUGGAGUUUCUAUACGUGAACUUGCAGCAGUUGCAACUACAGUAAAGCCAGGACUUGCACUAAGCCUUGAGGUGGGACUACACUACAGCCUGAACUUGGUGAACAGAUACCAGAAGCCAUUCAUACCCAUUCAUCACAUGGAGGCUCAUGCACUGACCGUCAGGCUGAUGCACCAGGUGGAAUUUCCGUUCUUAGUUCUUUUGCUCUCUGGAGGCCACUGUCUCUUGGCAGUGGCACAAGGAGUUUCAGAUUUCCUUCUGCUCGGACAGUCAAUAGAUAUUGCACCAGGGGACAUGCUGGAUAAGGUGGCAAGACGACUCUCAUUAAGAAAGCACCCAGAGUGCCACAGCAUGGCUGGGGGAAAGGCGAUAGAGCAUUUGGCUCAAGCUGGAAACCGGCAACAGCACGCAUUCAGACUGCCCAUGCAACAGUAUCGUAACUGUGACUUUUCUUUUUCUGGACUGCAGAAUCUGGUCAAUAAAGCCAUUAUAGAAAAAGAAGAAGAAGAAGGUAUUCAAGAAGGUGAGAUCCUGUCCUCUGUGAAGGAUAUUGCUGCUGCUGUACAGCACGCAGUGGCUGUUCAUGUUAUCCAGCGGACGUAUCGAGCCAUGCUGUUCUGUGUAAAAAAUAGCAUAUUAUCACAAAAAAAUGCAACUUUGGUUGUAUCAGGAGGAGUUGCGAGUAAUCAGUACAUCCGAAAAGGUCUACAGGCUUUGGCAGAUGCAAAUGAUUUUGCUUUUCUGUGUCCUCCUCCAAGUCUGUGCACUGAUAAUGGUGUUAUGGUCGCAUGGAAUGGCAUUGAACGGUUACGUGCAGGACUUGGUGUUUUGCACAGUACUGAUGGCAUCCGCUAUGAACCGAAAGCUCCCCUUGGAAUUGAUAUUUCAAAAAGAGUUGAAGAAGAUUCCAUUAAGGUGCCAAAACUGAAAAAGAAGAUACGAUGGUUGGCCUCUUAAUAACUUAGUGAAGUCAAUGCAACUAUAAAUGGUUCAAUAAAAACUGUUUCAGUGCUGUCACACUGAUGGUGUUUGCUUUACAGGUGUUGAAAAUCACCUGUCAAAGAAAUAAAUGCUGUGUGGUAUCACCGAAAUGAUUCCAGUUAUUGUUCCACAAAUGUCUGAUUUCUAUAACAAAUAACAAAAAAAAUUAAAAAUGCACUUUCUAACAAAUUUACACAACUGAAAAUAACUUCAUUGUUUACAAUUUAUAACUUACUAUGAGGUUUAUUAUUUAUUAUUAUAUUUAUUAGAAUUCAACAAUAUAAGAUACAGUUUAUGUUACAUUUAUAAGCUACACUGCAUGUUAAAAAAAUUCAUAACUUCCAUAACUGAAAAGUUACAGAAAGUGAACAAGAGGGAGCACAGAUUUUCAGGAAUAUCUCUGUGCAUUAGCUAUGCUGGUACACUACCCAAUUUUCUGUUGCUGGUGCAAGAAACCUGUUCUUACACAAGACUGAAAUUUUUGGAAUAGGGCCAGUGCCUUUUAAUUUUCUGGGUUUUUUUAUGAACAGCUCAGUAAAGCUGAUCCCAGUGAAAGUGGGCUGUUAAGGUGAAAAUUCUGAGUUUUGAUGUGAAGAAUGGGUUAUUUGGCCUUACCUUUUGAUCAGUAUCGUGCACUCUUACUUUACUAUUCAUUGCAAUUCAAACUUUUGUAGUAUACUUGGCGAUUCCAGUUAAGUAAAUGCCAAUUUGAAAUCAGAAAGGACUGGUAUUAUUUUAAAGAGUGCACUAUCUCUACUACUGUGCACAUUCUUACCCUUUACCAUCAAAUUCCAACACUGGAAUGAAUAACAUUCUUUACCUGCCAUAUCCACAUCAACAACUGAGCCCUGUAGCCUGAUGCAUGACACACAGAAAACAAUUGCUACAUCAGCUUUCAGGAUUCUUAACACAAUUGCUUAUAUCAAUAAAACAAUCAACAGAAUUGCAGCUUUACAGGCCUUACUGACACUCAUCAAAUAUGGAAGCUGACGUAAAUUCUCAUUUUGCUUCAUAUUAAAACUUGCUUUGCCUCUUUAUACAAAGCAUCAGCACAUGUCAUGGCAAAUGAAACCCGCAUCCAGUAAGAAGCGUCCCUCAGAGAACAGUUUAUACCUUCUCAGGUGAAUCUGUUUUGAUCAUUCUACUGACUGCUAUUGUGCCAUCCAGAAACACCACCUAAAGCUAUGCUGCUUUUAGGGGAACACUGUCCUUACAAAUAAGGCAUCUUGUGCUGUAGUGUAUUAACAAGCAUGGACUCAGCCUUUGUUUCGAGCUAAGACCUAGUUUGUUGUUACAAGCUUAUAUUUAUACCUUACUAAAAAUGUCAACACCACUUCCACAAGUCCUUCAUAAAAAUUUCCACAGUAUGUUUUUCUCAUUCCAGCCUCCUUGUGACCACUGUUAUUGUUUUCAUGCCUGCUUGUUUCUACCAUCAAUGUUUAUUCUUCUCAGGCCAAUGGCUUGCUGGGUAUUAAAUGUUCUGUAUUCCUGCUCCAGUCUUGACAACACUUAUGGUCAUUUCUUGCUCAACAUCUCUUCCUACAUUAUGCCAGCUUUACAGUUUAGUAUUGGCAGCAAAUAUUCUUGCAGCACAUUCCUUUGAGAAAUGCAUACUGAACUCUGCAUUAGCAAGGAAGGAUUUUCUAUGUAUAUGUGUUUCUAUGAAUACAAAAUUCUACAAAGUAAAAUGAAACCUUUAUAAUAGUAUCAUUGCCUGACAUAAAAAUGUGUUUCUACCACAUAAGUUCUUCAGUUUUAAAAAUGUAUUUGUCCGAUGCACUUUGCUUUUGCAUAUAUAAUUUGACAGCAUUCUUUUAAUACACUGGGAAUUAUUAGCUAUAUGUUAGUUACAAAGUUAGAAGUGAAACAUUUCCUUGACUUUGUGAUUAAAACAGGACAUGCUUUUUGGCCCUCACUAAGAAUAAACUGUGCUGAUGGCAAAGCAGGAUUUCUAUUUUUCUGGUAGAGUAACAAAGAGGAAUUUGGUGAAGUCUUAACAGUAGCAGUGCCAAGAGAGAAAUAAUGCAUUUAGCCUUUCUUAUGUAUUAUUAUGGUUUUAUUUCUUAUGGACUUUUACACUGGACUUAUCCCUUACUUAUUAACAGGUAGUCUGAUGGAAACCUGCAUUAGAAUUGGGUAGAUAUAUGCAUGAUUAUGGCUGAAACCAUUUAGAAAUUUAGAAAUAAAAGUUAAUCAAACCUUCCUGCUCAUAUUCUUACAAUCUUUGUAUUUUUCACUGAGAGCAAAUCAGAGGUUUAGAGAAAGAAAACUCACAGCGGAGAAAUGGUUCUGAGACAGACUACUGAACAAAAGCUGUGUUAACCAAGGAGGAAAGACGACCCUUAUAAAAAGCUGUAGUUUUCCUGAUAAAAGACCCCAUAUGUCUUCUGCAAAGCUUCUGAUGGCAGAGGCUCCAUCUGAAACCCAUGAAAAAGUGAAAUUGAGCCAAACAGGGCCAAGUCAGUAGACGUUUUCUACUUGUCCUCAAGAAGAAUAUCAAAGCUUGGUUCAAAUUAACCAUGAAGAGAA